AGGAGGGUGGGAACAUGGAGCGGUAAGUGAUGCGAUGAUCAAAUCCACAUUAACGUCCACUUUUAGUCAAGUUACCGCGCCACCUACACCGACUCUUACCGGAUAAACGCGGCUUCGUUUUUCUUUAUAAGUUCUCGGUGCGUUUAAAAAGAAGAAGACUGGAGUCGCUAAAGGGCACCGGGGCUAACAUGUUAGCUGGCGAGAAAAUCCUCCUCCUCCUCCUCCUCCUCCUCUGCUGCUGCUAUCGCUAGACAGCGUUAUCCCCCCCUCCUUCCACAACCCACCCCACCCUUACUCCGGUUUACUGCUCUAGGAUUGGCUGAACGGUCAUAUUGAUCGAAGUUGUCCAAUCGGGGCAGGACCUUCGAGACGCGACUAUCCAAUCACAGUUGAGGAGGCGGGAUUUUCGUUUGGAAUACGGGCGAAGAAUCAGAACGCCUAUGAGGAGGAAGUGACCGCGAGGCCUUACGGACACGCUGCGCUUUGUGUCGCUUUCACGGAGAAUCCGAAAUCUGCUAACACACACGCUUCCUAUGAAGAUUAACUACCUCUGGGGCAUUAGGGAGGAACUCUAGACAGGAUCUGGAUGAGUUUCCCAGCAGCAGCGGCAGUGGUGUGUUAUCUCUCUGACGGACUGGAUCUGUCAGCCUGCUAGUGUUCAGUCUGUGCCAAGGCGCCGUCGUCCUGUAGCUGGACAUUUCACUUUUUUCACUUUCCUUACUGUUGACCAGUGGACCGUUACUAUUCUCAUAAUCAUACUGUGGGAUUGUUUUUGUUUUUUCUUCGGACACCUUUUUAAAAGUUUUCUAUUUUUUAUUAGAGGUCUAUAUACACACACAAACGGGAUUACAAUACAACGUUAUAAGGAUUUUUCUUUCUUUUUUUCCCCCCCAGUUCCGUUUGAAGGAUAUAUUAUGCACUUUUGGGAUUUAUUUUCAGGAUUUACGGUUACUUGUGGUGUGAAGAUAAAAAGAUUUGAUCUUUAACUCGAUUACAAAAAAAUAUAUAAUAUAGCUACACAUUGAUCCUGUGUAUAUAUUUUUUGUUUGUUUGUUUGUUUGUUAUUGUUGGUCCCCCCCCCCUUCCCCCCCACACGUUGUGAGCUACAGCAGUGCUGCGCGUCUCCUUCGGACGUUCACACGUGACCGUGUUUGUGUGUGUCUCUCUCUCAUCACUUCUCUGCCACGAUAAGGAAUACUGACAUGACUCUCUGGCUCAUGGAGCAUUUAAGCUACCAGUUUACUUGAGGAAAAAACGAAGUUUCCGCGGCCGUACAUCGGGGCAGAAAUCAUUAGCGAUUUCUAAAUCAAAAUAAAGGCAAACCGAGAAAGUCUUUGCCAAGCCCGUGGUGGGAAAAGGGCACUUCCUGGCCGCGUCCACUACUUAUGUAUUGUUGCAGCGCGCAAGAAAGUAAAAUGGACUACAAGCGACGCUUCUUGCUUGGCGGGUCCAAGCAGAAAGCGCAGCAGCAGCACCAGCACCAGCAAUACUCGCUGCCCGAGCUGAGCCGAGCCCUUAGCGCACCGCUCGGGACCUCCUGCUCCACCCCGACCCCGAUGGCACCUGUAGGCCCCACCCUUUCAGCUUGCCACGAUGUUUCAGGCACGGGCAACGCCACGACCGCCGUCGCCGACAUCCAGCAAGGGAUCUCGAAGUACCUGGACGCUCUGAACGUCUUCUGCCGCGCCAGCGCCUUCUUGACGGACCUCUUCGGCAGCGUGUUUCGCAACUCGCGCUACUCCAAAGCUGCCAUGCAGCUCAAGGACGUGCAGGAGCACGUGAUGGAGGCGGCCGGCCGCCUCACAGCAGCCAUAAAGCCCGAGAUCGCCAAGAUGCUGAUGGAGCUCAGCGCCGGUGCCGCCAACUUCAAAGACCAGAACGACUUCAGCCUUCAGGACGUAGAGGUACUGGGCCGCUGUUUUCUGACCGUGAUGCAAGUUCAUUUCCAGUUCCUGUCUCAGGCUCUGCAGAAGGUGCAGCCGGUGGCGCAGUCGUGCCUGGCCGAGGCGCUGGCGCAGGUGCAGGAGCGCUGCGCAGGGGUUCGCAGUCAGGCCGGUGCUCUCGGCGAGCUGGACGAGGCGGCACGCUCGUGGAAAGGGGCUGCAGAGGCGACGGCGCGUCUCCGAGAGCGAGGGCGUGACGGCUGUCUGGCUGGUUUUCAGGUGCAGCAGCUCUUCUGCUCCCACAGCCCCUCUCUCCCCGACCAACAGCUCAAAGAGCUCAACCUGAAGAUAAACAGCGCUCUGCAGGCAUACAGAUCCGCGCUGGACUCUCUGGGUCACUGUGAGUACGCUCUCAAAGGAGGCUUUCACCUGAAACCCAAAGCUAUAGAAGCAGUGUUACAGGGUUGCUGUAGUGAGGCUGAGGCUCAGCAGGCAGGCCGUAUGCAGACCACAUCUCAGCCGCUCCAAUGCGAGUUACCCACAAUCCCCCUGCAGAUCGGCUCUCACUUCCUCAAAGGAGUCUCCUUCAACGAGUCGGCUGCCGACAACCUCAAACUCAAAACGCACACCAUGUUACAGCUCAUUAAGGAGGCGUCGGGGCAGAAUGGCGUGUCUGCACGUGAUGACUCGCCCGUGACUGAGGUGCUGAACCUGGUGUGUCCCUCCACCUGGAGGGGGGCGUGCAAAACGGCUGUGCAGCUGCUGUUCGGACAGGCCGGGCUGGUCGUAGUAGACACGGCUCAGAUCGAGAACAAGGAGGCGUACGCGCCACAGAUUACUUUAGAGGGAUCCAGGGUUGUGGUGCAGGUUCCUUCCACAUGGUGUCUGAAGGAGGACCCGGCCACCAUGUCUUUGCUGCAGCGCAGUCUGGACCCGGAGAAAACGCUCGGCCUGGUCGACGUCCUCUACACCACCGUGUUCGACCUCAACCGCUGGAAAGAGCGCAAGGAACAAGCCCUUCCCACCAUUCAGAUCCAGCUUCAGAGGGACAGCGCUGAUUACACCGUCCCUGCCGACCUCCACCAAGGCAACAGCAGCAAGUCCUCUAGCGGCCUGCCCAAGACCAUUUCCAAACUCACCUCCAAGUUCACCAAAAAGGCUUCGUCCAGCUCCGGAAGCGGCGGAAGCUUCUCCAUCCCCAGCACGCCGUCUCGAAGCACCAGUGGCGUCGACGACAAGCCCAAAGCGUCGUCCCAAAUUCUCCAAAUGACCGUGUCGGGUACCGGUGACUCCGGCCAGCACGCGGCUAACGGUUCGACUCCGGACGAGCAGGGUAUGAAUCUGCCUACGGACCAGGAAAUGCAGGAUGUGAUUGACUUUCUGUCCGGCUUCAACAUGGGCAAGUCGCAGCAGGCUUCGCCAUUGGUCAAGAGGAGGAACUCGGUCGCCUCCAGCAAUGCCGCCGACCUGAAACCACCUAGCUCUGUGGCCCCGCCCACUUCGCAAGCUCCGGUUCUGCAUGCUGCAAUCCCAUUGGUUCAAAAUCUGCCUCAACAACAACAGCAGCAGCAGCAGCAGCAACAGCCUCCACAGCUCCCAACUACACCCAAACAGCAGCAACAGACCACAGUCCCUCCACAACCACAAGCCCCAGCGCAGCCUUCACCUUCCCCACAGACCCUGUACUACCAGCACCUCCUGCAGCAAUCCCAGCAGCCCUCACCCGUCUCACCACAACUCCCCUCACAGCAGCCCCAGACUCUCCCGCCGCAGCAGAGGGCUCCCGGAAAGUGGACCCAGGCUCCCCCGGGCGGGCUCUCACCCAUCGGGCACAUGACUCAGUGGACUUUGCCUGACCUGAGCUCUGACCUGUACAGCCUGGGGUUGGUCAGCACGUACAUGGACAGCGUAAUGUCAGAGGUGUUGGGUCACAAGGCGCCGCCAGGGCCACGCAACAACACCUGGCCUAAUCGUGAGCAGAGCGAGCAAGGCGUGUUCGGGGUGCUGGGUGACACCAUGCCCUUUGACCCUGCAGUCGGCUCAGAUCCAGAGUUUGCGCGUUAUGUCGCUGGGGUCAACCAGGCGAUGCAGCAGAAGAGGCAAGCACAGCAUGUGCGUCGUCCCAGCAACCCCCGUAGCAACUGGCCCCUCCCAGACGACCAGCACAGGACCUGGUCCCACCCAGAAUACUAUAGCGAGGGGGAAGCAGUGAACAGUACCUGGUCAGCCAAUCAGGGUGACUCUGCCAGCUCGAGUGACGAAACCUCCUCAGCCAACGGGGACAGCCUGUUCUCCAUGUUCUCUGGUCCUGAUCUGGUAGCUGCAGUCAAGCCAAGAAGGAAACACAGCUGUGGUGAGCAGGAAGUGUGUACGCUGCCCUCACCUCCUCUCCACCACGCCAGUGAUGACAAUAACCAGGACAGCAAAACUAAAACAUGGCCUCCGAAGGCGCCGUGGCAGCACUCCACCCACUCCAACACCAUGCCCAAUCCCAGCUCUUCCCUCUAUCAAAUGACGAUACCUUCCAGCCAAUGGGGUGACUCCAUGCAAAUGCUGCAGUCUCCGGUUUGGUCAACAGCCAAUGAGUGCUCUCCUUCCAGCGGCCUCUCGUCCGGCUUCCCGUUCACUCAGCAGCAGCAGGUCUCGCAGCAGCAGGUCUCGCAGCAUAAAGCUCUGAGUAAAGGCUUCAAAAACUUCCCUCUGAAACCUGAGCACCGGCCCUCGUACCUGCACCAGUACUGACCCCGCGCUUCUCCACUGCCUCGCCUCGCCCCGGCUUCCUCUUAAUCGCUGUUCUGAGACCAGGGAGCGUAAUCAUGACGUUUAGGUCCCUGGGUAAGCUGUAGACUGGUCCUAGACCAGCGGUUAAGGGUUUUGCCAUGGUUAUGCCACGGUUGGAGUCGGUGCUGGUGUAAAGACGAGAUGCUACAGCUCACACCAUCACGCCAUGUAAAUUUGGGGCGGGGGGGGGUCAGGAGGUCGGAAAGGACUAACAUAUGAGGUCAGGUGGAUGGCGACACCAUCACACCCUUACUCAUGUGCUUAGUUACACCCCCGUAGCCGACACUUUACUCUGGACCGAACUCCGAUAUCCCAAUUUUGAUAGUCCUUUAGACGAGUGUGUUUUUAUAGGCGAAUUUAUAUUGAACAUUGUGGCAUAUAUAUAUAUUUUCUUUUUGUAUUUGUCAGAUCCAUACGAGUCCCCGGUUUUCCAAACUGCCAUUCGCGCCGAAUUAGUGCAUGACUCCCGCUUCCAGCAGCUAGUGAAGUUGUCGCUUGAGCUUCCUUCCGCGCCAAAAAAUGCUCGAGUCUAGAAACCCCCCCC